AUCUCUCCCAUUUUAUUUUUAUUCUUUUGCCAGUCAAGCUUUUAUCUUUGAUAAAUUUAAUAUUAAAAAAAAGAAAAAAAAGUUUUGUAAUGAGAAAAAAGGGAAAACUCCACUAGCUGGUUUAUAUUGAAAACCGUUUUUGAUGAUAAAAAACCAGAUUAAAGUAGAAGCCAACUGGUUUUUCUUGCAUGAGAGCUUCUAAUGGCUGCUUGCUGUUCCAUGGACAAGCUAUUAAGUAUCAGUGAACGAUGAUGGUUUUGAGGAUAGGUGGGAAACAGUAUGUGUCACGAGCAACAAGAAGCAAGGAACGGAGUAGUGAGUGAGGGGCAAGGUUUAGGUUCAUCUGAGGAAGAUGAGUCAAGGGUUGUUGAGAGAACUGUAAAUGUAAACAAUGGGUCCUUGGGAGCAAUUGAGGCAUGUGAUGGAUUGCAAAUACCUCAACAACAACCUCAAGGUUCCAUGGUACUUUGGGAGAGGUUCCUCCCUAUUCGGUCCCUCAAAGUUCUCCUUGUGGAAAAUGAUGACUCAACACGCCAUGUUGUGAGUGCAUUACUACGGAAUUGCAGUUAUGAAGUUACGGCUGUUGCAAAUGAUCUUCAAGCGUGGAAAGUCCUAGAAGAUCUGACGAACCACGUUGAUAUUGUCCUGACAGAGGUAGCCAUGCCUGUUUUAUCAGGAAUUGGUCUUUUAUACAAGAUUAUGAACCACAAAACUUUCAAGAACAUCCCUGUGAUAAUGAUGUCAUCUCAUGAUUCUAUCAGCCUAGUCUUUAAAUGUUUGUCAAAGGGUGCAGUUGAUUUUUUAGUAAAACCUAUUCGGAAGAAUGAACUUAAAAAUCUCUGGCAGCAUGUUUGGAGGAGAUGCCACAGUUCUAGCGGCAGUGGGAGUGAAAGUGGAACCCAGUCAAAAAGGUAUAUUAAGUCAAAAAGUAAUGAUGAGUCUGAGAAUUAUGCUGGCAGCAGUGAUGAGCAUGAUAACAAGAGUGAUGAUCUGAUUGUCCAUGAUGGAAGCGAAAAUGGGAGUGGCACUCAGGGUUCAUGGACAAAAAGGGCAGCUGAAGCUGAGAGCUCUCAGCCAAUGUCAUCCUCAAAUCAAUUGCCUGAUGCUCCUGAUAGCACUUGCGCUCAGGUGGUCCAUUUAAAGCCUGAAAAAUGUAGGAUUCAGUGGGUAUGUGUUACCAAGGCAAAAGAAUGCCAAGAACAGCAUCAGUUAGUUGAUGAUGAUGCAGAGGGCAAGGACGUGGAACUAAGAGUUAAAAGAAAUCCAGAACUGCAAAGUGGACAUCAACAUGAAAAUCUACCUACUCAUCAGGAAAGCAUAAAGCAGAAUGGAUUGCCUGAAGCAGAAUGCAAGCAAUUUGACAGCAGACAGUUGGAGCACCAGAAUGAGAACAUAGCUGGCAAGGAUCGAACCCCUAAUGUAAUUAGUACAAUUUCCAGCUGUCUCAAUCAACAAGCUGAAAGCAGAGAUUCUGAUGCCCCCAAUGGCCCUUCUUAUAUCCCAGAAGUCAAAGAUGGAACAUGCCAUGGGUCUGGAGAAACACCAUCACUUGAACUGACUCUUAAGAGGCUACAAGGAGCAGCAGAUAGUCAAAUCGCUGCCAAUGAUGAGCACAAUGUUUUGAGACAUUCUGAUUCGUCAGCUUUCUCAAAAUACAGUACCGCAUCCUCUGCUAAUCAGGUUCCCACAGGAAAUGUAGGAAGCUGUUCUCCACUUGAUAAUAGUUCUAUUACAAUGAAGACAGAAACAGUGCGCACUUUUGCAUCUCAAUCAAAUGGGAUUCUUUUGAAUCAGCCAUCAAUUGGAAGCAGCAACAAAAAUGAUGUUAUCACCGCUGCUAAAUGUGCCAGCUCAAAGCCAGAAGCUUUGAAUGACAAGUGCGGGGCCAUGUCAGCAUUUAAACACUCUCACUCAUCUUCCUUCCAACCAAUGCAGAAUGGUCAUAUUUGUUCAUCACAUGACGUGUUAACCGAGAAGGCAGAUGAUACUGGAUUUAAAACUGCUCAUUCACAAUCGAGAAGUUCAAACCAGGUGUUUCACGUGCAGCACCAAUGUCAUCUCCACCAAGUUGAGAAAGAGCAGCAUCAGUUGCAGCCAGACCAUGAUACCUCACUGAAGAUUAUGGCUGUAACUGCUCCACAAUGUGGAUCAUUCAAUGUGUUUGAAGGGCCCUCUGAAUGUAAUAUUAUGAACUAUAGUGUAAAUGGGAGUGCCUCGGGGAGUAACUAUGGCAGCAAUGGACCUAAUGGGAGCAGCACUGCUUUAAAUGCUGAACAGGCAAUCAUGGAAAGUGAAAAUGGGGCAGCUGGUGCAAUGAGUGGGAGAAGCAGCGGUAGUGGAGCAGAUGAAGAUAGGGUUGCACAGAGAGUGGCUGCCUUGACCAAAUUCCGUCAGAAAAGGAAAGAAAGAUGUUUUGAGAAGCGGGUCAGAUACCAGAGCAGGAAAAGGCUGGCAGAACAACGACCUCGUGUCAAGGGACAGUUUGUGCGGCAGCUAGUGUCUGAUUCUGAUGGAGGAAAAGAUUGUGUGAGUAAUGGCCUCGCAUCUGAAGACAAUUCUUCUGAUAGUGUAAGAUAACACAGGCAGGGUUGCAGAUUGCUAACUUGACCCUUUUCCCUGCUAAUGCAUAUAAAUAUUUGUAAAUGAGACGAGCACUGGCUGUGUGUUUAGGGAAGGAAUACAUUCCAUAUGGACUGAUGGGUUUUUUUCUCUUUUCCUUUGAUGAGGGGCUAAUAGUAUAUUGCACGAAAACAAACAAUAGAAUUUUAGAACUUAUAUGAAUAGUUUGAACUGUAUGUUAUCAUUGUAAACUAUGAUGAAUUGCUGCAUGGAGACUGAUCUUGGAUGGGAUAAUUUCCUAUUAUUCUUCAUGGAAUUAAGCAGGCGUUGGUGUCUCUGUACUUCAAA